CCAAAUGGAGAGGAAGGAGUAAAUAGAACAGAGAAUAAUAGAAAGCCAAAAGUUGAGCUGAAUCUCUCAAGAUCUCAAACACCCCUCCUUAAUUUGUAGAUGGCCGAAGAACGUGUUUCUGCAAUCCUGGAGCAGGUACGUGCAAUCAAAGCCGACAAAAGUUCAUCUCACUUUUUAGAUUCGUGGCAAUAUAUAGAGACGCUUGUACUUCGUCUGCAAACUAUUCGGUCUAAGAUAGAUGCUUCCAAGUUCCGGCCCUUUUUGAUUCAACUGUUGAUGCACGAGAUUGAUGGUUGUGCACUUGAUGAAGUAUUAUAUGAUAUAGAAGACCUGUUUAGCGACUCUAACACUCGACUGAUGAAGGGUAGCUUACAAACAGAGGCGAGUAGGAACCCUAAAUCAACCAUUAGCAUUCCUGAAUCAGCAACCACGGCGAGGUUGAAUACUGAUCCUUUUGAUUGGGACAGUAUGAAUUUGGAUACUGAUCCUUUUGAAUCAUCCAUUUCUAAGUUGGAAGUAGAGUUGAUGGAUUUGAGAUCUAAGCUUUCUCCUGAACCAGAAUCCUUUUUGGUGGAAGUGUCAAAGUUACAUGGUAUACACGAAGUAAAGAAAGAUAUAAUGGAUGUAAUUUUGGGUGAAAAUAGUGAACAGAGGAGCGAGAACAUCAAAACCAUCUCUAUUGUUGGCAUGGAGGGAAUGGGGAAAACAUCUCUUGCUCAGUGCAUUUGUGAAGAUGAGCAGGUUGUGGCAAGCUUCGACAACAUAAUUUUGGUGAAUGCUUCGUACGAUUUUGACCUACCCAAAAUUGCUAAAGCAAUCAUUCAAGCUCUUGAAGGCUUGAAACAUGACUUCUUGUGCAUCCUAACAUUAGUUCCAUUACAAAGUCUUUUAGAUAGAAUUUAUCGAAAGAUUGUCAAAAAGAAAUCCCUUCUUGUUUAGAUGGUGUGGAGAGAUAUGAUUGUGAUGACUGGCAAGCACUAAAAUCUGUUUUUCAACAUGGCAUGCCAGAGAGUAGGAUUGUAAUUACUACUCGUGAGCACAAAUUUGCAAUAGCAAUGGAAUCAUCUCAUAUAUUUCAUCUGAAAGAGUUGUCUGAUGAGUUGUGUUGGAUGAUACUUCAUGAAGUUGCCUUCGAUGGACUAAAUGAAGAUAGUCAUGAAUAUGUAGAAGAUAUCGGAUUGGAAAUUGCAAAGAAAUGCAAAGGAUCACCAUUUGCUGCAAAGGUUUUGGGAGGUGUCUUACAGCAUAAAAUUGAAAAAAGAGAGUGGAACAGAGUUCUGGAAAACUUUAUAUGGGAAUCUCCUAUGAUACCCAAGUACAUUUUUAAAAUACUAUGGCUAUCUUAUUGUGAUCUACCUUGGUCAAUAAGGCAAUGCUUACUGUAUUGUGUUAUCUUUCCCAAAAACUUUGAAAUGUCAAGAACUCUUUUAGUCCAACACUGGAUGGCACACGGUUAUCUAAACUCAUCCGAUGAUUCAGAAAUGGAGCUAAAAGGUGAAGCGUACUUUAAAUGCUUAGUAGCUCAUUCAUUUUUACAAGAUUUUAGCAGGAAUGGGUAUCCAUGCAUGGAAGAUGCAUAACAUAGUACACGACUUUGUUCGGUUUCUGUUCCAAUCUGAACUAAUGAUGGAGAUUCAAUCUGUUGAACAUAUGAGGUUGGACUUAACUUCUUCUAGGAAGCCAAAGGAGGUCAAAUCUAUAAAACCUGUGAUUUCAGCUGGGGCUCCAAAGCGGAUGAAAACUCUUUCUGAUUCUGGAAUUUCAGUUCUAGCUUCAUCUUGUGAUCCGCCAUCGAUUCCAGAUUCAUCUUGUCCUCCUCUUCCGUCAGGUUCUCCUCUUAUUAGCAUUCGUCAUUUGAUAUUGAUGAUUGCUCAGGGAGCUGGUUUCCCCGUGGACAUUAGCGGUGCGAGAAAUUGCGGACUCUUGUUGCUGUUAGUCAAGGGUGUUUCAUAACCAGUGGAGCAUUAUCUAACUUAUUUAAACAAUCCAAACAUCUCAGGUUAUUGGAUUGAGCUUGUCUAGCGGAUGGCAUAAUUUUUUGGACCAUGUGGACAAGGUAACAUACUCCAUAAAUUUCCCGAAGAAAUUUAUGAAUUAAUAAAUCUGAAGUUCCUCAGCUUAGCUGGCAGCAAAGAAUUGAAGAUACUACCAGAAACAUUGUGCGACUUGUAUAAUUUGCAAUCUUUGGAUCUAGCUGGAUGUAGUAGUCUUACAAAGUUACCGGACGGAAUCGGGAAAUUGAUGAGAUUGAGGUAUCUUUGUACCUGGUAUUGCUCUAGUAUAACUUUCUAUCCAAAAGGGAUUGGCUGCUUAACUUCUCUUAGGGAAUUAACCAAUGUCAUUGCUAGAGUUGAUCAGAAUGAUGCAAAGGAUCGAUUCAGUCUCGGAGAUUUUGAAGAGUUGAACCACCUUUGUGGAGAUGUUCGUGUGAAACUGGUAGGAAAUGUGAUCGAUGCAGAUGAAGCUAUUAGAGCCAACCUUUUGAACAAGAAGAGUCUCAACAAUGUGAGAAUAAAUUUGGAUGGAGAUAUAAAGGAAGAUGAUGUAAUGAAAGCAUUAAAGUCGCAUUCGGAGUUGAAGAUAGAGUUCAUAGGGUGGUGGUUCUAGUUCAGAAAAGAAAGGAUGGUGCAAGGCAACAGUUCAGUAAUUUUCUGUUGGAGAAUGAUGCAGUUGUUAUUGUGAAACUCCUUACAGACAGAGGAUCCACAUUAUCCAGUCUUGGGAACAUGAUAGAUGAAAUUAGCCUUUUGUAUCAAAGCUUUCGUACUGUGUUAAGUUGCGUGUGAUGGAA